AUGCCCCAAAACACCCUCUACGUGACCGGGUUCACAAGAGAGACCAAGGCCGCAGACUUGGCGCCCGACUUCGAAAAAUAUGGAGAGCUCGUCAGAUUAGACAUUCCACCUCCAAGAAGCGUCGACGGCGAGAAGUUUGCUUUUGUCGAGUACAAAAACAGCGAGGACUGUGAAAAGGCACUAGAAAUCGACGGCAAGUCCUUCCCCUACGCCUUGAAAGAUGGACUCACCGUGCAGCUUGCUCGCUCCGAUCCCAUUUCUUCAAGAAGAGGCUUCAGAGGCGGGCUUGGAGGCAGGGGAGGCUACUCCGGAAGAGGCGCUGGAUAUAUGGGGAGAGGUGGAAGGGGUGGCUAUGGCUACCCUAGCCCGUAUGCUCCACCCAGAGGCGGAAGAGGAGGCUAUGGCUACCAGAACUAUGGCUACGAAAGAGGCGGUUACGGAAGCGGCGGAUAUGGCGGAGGUUAUCCUUCGUACCCCUCCCGUGGGGGCCAUGACGCAAGUUAUGGAAGUCGUGAGCCUGGUUAUGGAGGCCGUGAGCCUGGUUAUGGAGGCGGGGACCCGGCAUAUGGAGGCCGGGAUGCUUCUUACGGAUCUGCUUAUCCAGGGUACGGGGGCUACGCCCCUGCCCCAUACAGGGAUAGCUAUGGCUACCGUGGGUAUGACGACUAUAGAGCCCCCGGAGCUGACGAUCGUGACUAUGGAUACCUGUCGCGAGACAAAUAUCACAAUCCUGACCGAAGAAGAGGCGCUGAUAGAAACUACGACAGUUCCGACAGACACGCUUUGGAGGGUACUCACGAUUCGAGAGACUCUGACACUCGUGCAUUCCCAUCUAAUGAGCCCGAAGAAUAUGGCAGGGGCCGUUAUUCGAGAUCCAAUUCCCCCAAAAGAGACAAGUCCAGAUCCCGCUCCCCCAGCCGUUAA